CAAUAAAUACUCCUACAUACAUAUUUACAGACAUACUAACCCACCAGAACAAUCCCAUUCUUCGUCCGUCUGGCCUGCAAGACGGACGGCGACGGCGACGGCGACGGCGACGCCGCAACACAGCAGCAAGCAGGAUCAGGACCAGGACCAGGACCAGGAGCAGACCCUCCCGGAUCUCAUGGCGGUCCACUCGCACGCGCGACAGUUCAGAGACCCUCCUCCACCUGGUGAUGCUGAUGGUAGUUAUGGUUCAACCCUCAUAAUCCAAAUCAUUAAUGUUAUCGUAUCCAUUGUCGUGCAGCUUUCCCCGUCCAUUCAUCCACCCUAGCCAGACCACCCGGCAGGUAAGCAAGCAAGCAAGCAAGCAGACAGACAGACAGACAGACAAGCAGGCAAGGCAAGGCAAGGUAAGGCAAACUGGGGUAGUUACGGAGUACGUAGAACAAGAAACUCCAACCCCCCAAAAUUCUGUAAAUCCGUAUGGACGGAAUAAACGGGAUGGGGAAGGGAAGCCUGAAGGACGGACGGACGGACGGUUGUUCGGUCGGUCAAUCGGUCAAUCGGUCGGUUGUUCGUAUGCCAUGCCAUGCCAUGCCACAUAUGCCCAUCCACAAUCCCACAUAAGUAGCAAGUAGCAAAUAGCACAUAGUUAGCACAUCUUCCCUUUC